CAAGAAUCAACUGCAGGAGAAUUAUUUCCGUCCCGUUAUGCCUACAAAUAUCUGGAGCGAGGCAUGAAGUUCGUUGGCUGGUUGCAACCUUCAAGAAGCAGUGGAUUCUAUUGGAUCUAUAAGCUGUGGAGUGUGAUAAUAUUAUUUACCAUGGCCAUCUAUCUGCCAAUUGCGUUCUUCGGCAGUUACUUUAUUGAUUUCGAAGGUUUCACACCUGGAGAUUUUCUGACCUCGGUGCAAGUGGCAUUCAAUGCCGCAUGCCUCGCGCUCAAGAUCUUUUUGCUGGUGCCGCACAUGGAUCGCUUUGAGGAGGCCAAGAAAAUGCUCGAUGUGAUUGACGAACGUUGCGUGCGGCAAGAAGAUCGCGUUGAGGUUCAUCGCUGUGUGGCACGUUGCAACUUCAUCUACAUGAUUUAUCAGGGUGUCUACUCCUCGUAUGCAACAUUGACCUAUCUCAGCUCAGCGAUUACGGGCUCAACUCCUUGGGGAUUCUAUUUGCCAUUUGUCGAUUAUCGUGAUGGCGUCAAGAGCUUUUGGAUUGCAGCCACUGUUGAAUAUAUCAUUGGCUCAGCUGCUGUUUACUCCGAUCAAAUGAUUGACAUUUAUCCGGUGAUAUUUGGUGUAUUGCUACGCACCCAUUUGAAGCUGUUAAGAGGGCGAGUUCGAAGACUGCGCACAACUCCCGGAGAGACGGAUGAGCAGAGCUACAAGGAGCUAGUCAGCUGCAUCAAGGAUCAUAAGUUAUUGUUACAAUUUUGUGAUGUGUUUCGAUCCGUCAUUUCGGGCACAAUAUUCGCACAGUUUCUGGUCAUCGGCUUAGGCCUAGGAUUGUCCAUGAUGAACCUGCUGUUCUUCUCGAAUCUGCUAACGGGUCUGGCCACCUCUGCGUUUAUCGUUGUGCUAAUGAUUGAAACAUUCCCCUUCUGCUAUAUCUGCGAAUUGAUUGAAGAGGAUUGCCAUAAGCUGACCUCAGUCAUAUUCCAUUCGAAUUGGAUUGAUGCCAAUCGGCGCUAUAAAUCAACUCUCGUCUAUUUUUUGCAUCAGACGCAGCAGUCGAUUAAUUUCAUAGCUGGCGGCAUUUUUCCCAUAUCGAUGAAAACUAACAUCGAAGUCGCUAAAUUGGCUUUUACCGUGGUAACUGUUGUCAAGCAGAUGAAUAUUGUGGAGAAACUGAUGAAAGACUAAAAGAAGUCAAAGAACUACAAUUCUAACAUAUAAGAACUAUAAUCUUUGCGAGCACAGCUGUAGAUCACAAGUUCACGUUAAAAUUUAUGCUUAAAGGUUUGCAGAUUUGACAAGAAUCUUCUGCGGACAAUGCGAAUUUCGAAUCGAUCCCUAAUCGCACAUUUUGUGGCUUGUAGAAGAAUUGCGCGUUGAGUGACUCAUGGCAAUGGCCAUGGCAAUUGCAUUGUCCCAACGGGAAUAUGCUGCUUGAUCGUUGAACUUUUUCGUUGGGCUGGCAAUAAAACAAGCAUUACGUAUACGCACCGCAAGCACACACCAACAACAACAAAAAAGCAAAUAAAAAAGUAGAACAGCAAAUUGAAUGUUAAGACGAACACGUACAAAAAGCAAAUGCGGCAUUAGCAACAGACUCUGAUUUGGAGCCCCAGAUACAGAUAGAGAGCCACAGCAAUAGCAACAGCAACAGCAACAGCUUCAGAUACUUUGAGAUAGAGAUAGAAACGAACACGCACACUCGCAUAAAUCUAUCUUUAAGAUUUAUGGCCCAACAGCGCCACGUUAAUAGGCAAAUGAGAGAGAAUGAGAAU